CAGAUUUCUUGCUUUGCACCCCAGCCCUCUCUCUCUCUCUCUCUCUCGCAAUAAACGCAUCAUGUCGACAAUGGUACUUGACCCGAAGCCUGCUCCGACGGUGGAGCCAAGAUGGGACCUUGUACCCGACCCAACAACAGUACCCACGGAAGACGACGACCUCUACAGCCGCUUAAAAUCUCUGCAACGACAGCUAGAAUUCAUCGACAUACAAGAGGAGUAUGUCAAGGAUGAGCAGAAGAAUCUGAAGCGAGAGCUACUUCGUGCGCAAGAAGAGGUGAAGCGGAUCCAGUCUGUGCCGCUUGUAAUCGGGCAGUUUAUGGAGAUGGUGGAUCAGACUAAUGGGAUUGUUGGGUCUACAACGGGUUCGAAUUAUUAUGUGAGAAUUUUGAGUACGAUUGAUAGGGAAUUGUUGAAGCCGUCGGCUUCUGUGGCUUUGCAUCGGGCUUCCAAUGCUCUUGUUGAUGUUUUGCCACCUGAGGCUGAUUCUAGUAUUUCUCUGCUUAGUCAGAGUGAGAAACCUGAUGUUACUUAUAAUGACAUUGGAGGAUGUGACAUUCAAAAGCAGGAAAUUCGUGAGGCAGUUGAGUUGCCACUGACUCACCAUGAACUUUACAAACAAAUUGGUAUUGACCCCCCUCGAGGUGUGUUGCUCCAUGGUCCACCUGGAACUGGAAAAACUAUGCUUGCCAAGGCUGUUGCUAAUCAUACAACUGCAGCCUUUAUAAGAGUUGUUGGCUCUGAGUUUGUUCAGAAGUAUCUGGGUGAGGGACCCCGCAUGGUUCGUGAUGUUUUUCGUCUUGCUAAAGAGAACGCCCCAGCAAUUAUUUUUAUUGAUGAGGUAGAUGCUAUUGCUACUGCUAGGUUUGAUGCCCAAACUGGAGCUGAUAGAGAAGUUCAGCGCAUUCUGAUGGAACUACUGAAUCAGAUGGAUGGGUUUGAUCAGACGGUAAAUGUUAAGGUCAUAAUGGCAACUAAUAGGGCUGACACUUUGGACCCUGCUCUUCUUCGUCCUGGAAGACUUGACCGGAAAAUUGAAUUUCCUUUGCCUGAUAGACGGCAAAAGAGGCUCGUUUUCCAGGUUUGCACUGCAAAAAUGAAUUUAAGUGAUGAGGUGGACAUGGAGGAUUAUGUGUCUCGACCUGAUAAAAUUAGUGCUGCCGAGAUCGCAGCUAUCUGCCAAGAAGCAGGCAUGCAUGCAGUGCGCAAGAACAGGUAUGUCAUUCUCCCCAAGGACUUCGAGAAAGGCUACCGAACCAAUGUGAAGAAGCCUGACACUGACUUUGAGUUCUACAAGUGAGAUCGGGAAGCACGUUUGAUGUUUGUUCUGCUCGUUAUUGAGAAGCAGAUUGCAUUGUGGGCCCAGGGCACGAUUGUU